CUUCGCCCCGCCCCCUGUGCCCAGGACUUCCCGGCGGCCCCUGCGCCGAGGUCGCGAGGACUUCCGGAGCGAAGCGACUUCCGGGCCGCUCUUCCGCCGCUCUGGCUGGAGUGUGAGCGGAGGACCACAUGUAUUGCUAGGCGGUAAUCAGUUCGACCAAGAAGGACCUUGAGGAGGGGUUCUGACUUGUGGGAGGCACUGGACUGAAAAGAAUCUGCCCUAAGGAGCACCAAAACAGAUGCCUUCUUCUACCUCAUCAGAUCAAGAUGACCUGGAGACCUGUGUACUAAAAUUUUUUGACCUGGAAAUAAAGGAUACAAGUCUUACUAGUCCCAGCAGCAAUCUCAAAGUAGAGUUAGAUGGCAAUACAAAGAAGAAAUACUCAUUUGCAAAGAAAAAGGCCUUUGCCCUUUUUGUCAAAACCAAACAAGUUCCAGCCCCUCCUUUGGAAUGUGAGGAACGCCAGUGGAAGUGCUGUCAACGUCUGUUCACAGACCAGACCAGCAUCCACAGACAUGUGGCAACACAACAUGCUGAUGAAAUUCAUCUCCAGACUGCUGCUAAUUUGAAGCAACUGGCUGCCAGUUUGAGUGCCUCCAAGAGCCUUGUGUCUGCAGACCGAAAGAACUCACAAGAAGAGUCCUCCACUCACAGCCAUGUGUCUGCAUGGCUCCCUGACAUCAGCCACGUUAGCACUGAUGAGCUGAUAAGUGCCCAGGGCAGUGAGGAAGGGGAGGUGCUACUUUAUUACUGCUACCGGGACCUGGAGGAGCCCCAUCGGAUCUGUGCCUGGCAGACAAAGCUGUGUCAGCAUCUGCAUCUCACUGGCAAGGUUCGAAUUGCUACCGAAGGAAUCAAUGGGACCGUCGGUGGAAGCAAAUUGGCCACCAGACUCUACGUGGAAGUCAUGCUUUCUUGCCCAUUAUUUAAGGAUUACCUGUGUAAAGAUGAUUUUAAGGCCAGCAAAGGAGGCGCUCACUGUUUCCCAGAAUUGCGUGUUGGUGUGUUUGAAGAAAUCGUGCCCAUGGGGAUCAGCCCCAGUAAGAUCUCCUACAAGAAGCCUGGAAUCCAUUUAUCACCAGGCGAGUUUCAUAAAGAAGUAGAGAAGUUUUUAUCUCAGGCAAAUCCAGAACAAAGUGAUACUAUCCUACUAGAUUGCAGAAACUUCUAUGAAAGCAAAAUAGGGCGAUUUCAGGGCUGUUUGGCCCCAGACAUCAGGAAAUUCAGUUAUUUCCCUAGCUAUGUUGAUAAAAAUCUAGAACUGUUCAGAGAGAAGAAAGUGCUGAUGUACUGCACCGGGGGCAUCCGUUGUGAGCGUGGUUCAGCGUACCUCAAAGCCAAGGGAGUGUGUAAGGAAGUGUUCCAGCUCAAGGGCGGCAUCCACAAGUACCUGGAAGAGUUUCCCAAUGGUUUUUACAAAGGGAAGCUGUUUGUUUUUGAUGAGCGCUAUGCCCUGUCCUACAACAGUGCUGUGGUGUCAGAAUGCUCAUAUUGUGGGGCCCAGUGGGACCAGUAUAAACUCUGCUCUACUCCUCAGUGCCGCCAGCUGGUUCUCACCUGCCCUGCCUGUGAAGGACAAGGACUUACAGCCUGUUGUGUCACCUGUCAAGACAAAGGGCACAGGCAGGCUUCAGGCCUUCCCCAGGAUAGCUUUAAAGAGGAGUGUGAGUGCACAGCGCGGCGGCCACGCAUCCCGAGGGAACUCUCACUGCCUGUUCCACUCCCCGUGAGCCCAGAUGUUGGCGAGGAUCCUUUGCUUGUAUGAGUGUUGCCCAACCUUUGCCAAACCUUCACAAAGUAGUUGGAGCCUGUUAGGGGAGUUCCAAGGGUACGGAAAUAAGUUGUAAACUUGGCGCUAGUCGGUGCCACCUCGGCACCACUGGUCACCAUGUUGGUCACGUACACUUUACAAGAGAAGAACUUACCCGGACCAUUCUGGUUCAGAACAUGCCAGCACACAUGUGGGAUCCCAGCACUGUGGAGGAACCAAGCCUCGCUUCUGGCAACUUUGUCACGCCAUUCCUUUGCCAUGCAGUAGGACUGUUCAUAGCCAUGGUCCUUGUUAGCAAACCUGACUUCCUGGCAGCAGAAAUGGGAGCGCCGUGCCUGUGGGAGUGGGCUAGACUGCCACUUGGGUCAUCUGCCAUCUUCCCCUGCCUUGGUUUUUCUCUCUGAUCACCUGAGAUCUAUAAACUGGCGCUCAGCCCACCUCCUACUUUUGAAAAUUUAGUGGCGCACCCCCUGCCCCCAAUCCCUUUACAUACAAUCUGCGGCACUGUUGAGCUGCAGUAGUUACUGUCUGGCCCUUUACAGAAGGGUUUGUCACCCCUGUCAUUUGGUACAUGACAGGACAGACACGUGCUUCUCAUCAGCUGCCCACAGCUGUCUGCCUGUACUGAUAAUUUCGUGCGGCCUACAAAUGAUAUAAAUAUCCAAAUGGCCUUGGCACAGGAAAGAUUCCUCACCUCUGCUUAGGGAGACUCAGUUAAGCCUUGAGGGCACUGGCAUUUGAGCCGUAGUGUUUAUAUCCACAUCUGGAAUAUGACUUUUUUUUUUUUUUAAACAAGACACUUUGUUAGAUCAUUCAGCAUUGGUGGCUGCCUCGCCUUCUGGUCGGCACACCAGGCACAUGUUCCUGUCGCACGGGUUCCAAGAAACACAUCCAAGCCACAUGUAGACCAA